AUUUGUCAACGUAUUUUUUUAUAAUUUCCUAAAAAUAAUUCUAAAGCAAGACAUACAUAUAUAGCUUAAUUUUUCCAAGUUUUUUCUCUUUGCCAAAUCCAAAAUGACUAUGUUAAAAAAGUGUUGCUGUUGCAGCCUGCGAACAGCCUCACUUGUAGUGGCCUAUUUGACUUUUGUCAUUGAAAUCCUGCUCUGGGUCUGGUUAUUCUUUCCAGAAUGCGAAAUUUGUGGUGAAUUCUUAAUCCUUUGGAUCUUUGCUGCGUUUUGGAAUUCCCUUUCGGCGGCUAUUUUAAUAGUAGCUGUUCACAGGGAAAAUCCCAAACUGAUUCCCGUUCAUUUGGUGAUGCAUCUGAGUGGCCUUAUUAUAGAUAUGAUUGGACAUUUAAAGAUUGCCUCCUCAGGUCACAAUAGUUGGAGAACACUUGGGCAUGCGAUUUUCUAUAUUGGAUUCAUGGCCACGGACAUUGUGAUUGCUUUGAGCUACUACCAUAUGGAAAUUUAGUCCAGCAUUAUGAUUAUCCUGUAGAUAUCCUGAACACGUAUCUAAAUAUAUUAUUUUAUUGACAAAAGCAA